AUGGCCUCAGCUUCGCAAAAAGCGACGCCUUCUUCUUCAUGUUGCGGCGGCGGCGACGCUUCUUCCGUUGCUCCUCGCGAGGCCGCGGCGCCUCCAUCGAACGCCGUCGUUUCGGCCGCCGUGGCGAAGGAUUGGACCGGCUCGGUGACCGAGGAUCGCCGCGACGAUCAGCGCGUGCCUCCCAAGAAGAUCGCCAUGGCGUCCUUGGUUUCCGAACCUUCCGCCAAGAAUGCCUCCGCCGCAGGCAUCCCGAUCAUGGUUAGGCCUCAGUCAAGGCACCCCUUGGAACCUUUAUCUCCUGCCGAAAUAUCUGUGGCAGUGGCGACUGUCAGGGCAGCUGGAGCAACACCUGAGGUUAGAGAUAGUAUGCGUUUUGUUGAAGUGGUUCUACUAGAACCAGAUAAGCAUGUUGUUGCAUUAGCAGAUGCUUACUUCUUCCCUCCUUUCCAACCCACAUUACUUCCAAGAACCAAAGGUGGACCUAUAAUACCCAGUAAGCUUCCUCCGAGGCGAGCUAGACUUAUUGUUUACAACAAGACGUCAAAUGAGAUAAGCACAUGGAUUGUUGAGCUGUCAGAAGUGCAUGCAGCUACUCGUGGUGGACAUCACAGAGGAAAAGUAAUAUCAUCUCAAGUUAUCCCUGAUGUUCAGCCUCCAAUGGAUGCAGUGGAAUAUGCUGAAUGUGAAGCUGUUGUGAAAGACUUUCCUCCAUUUGGAGAGGCUAUGAAGAAGAGGGGCAUUGAAGAUAUGGACCUAGUGAUGGUUGAUGCCUGGUGUGUUGGUUAUCAUAGUGAGGCUGAUGCUCCUAGCAAAAGGCUUGCUAAACCAUUGAUAUUCUGUAGAACUGAGAGUGACUGCCCAAUGGAAAAUGGUUACGCGCGCCCUGUUGAGGGAAUCCAUAUACUUGUUGAUAUGCAGAGCAUGGUGGUGUUAGAGUUUGAAGACCGUAAGCUUGUACCCUUACCUCCAGCCGAUCCAUUGAGGAACUAUACUUCUGGUGAAACAAGAGGUGGUGUUGAUCGAAGUGAUGUGAAGCCAUUGAAAAUUGUUCAGGCUGAAGGUCCAAGCUUUCGUGUGGAUGGAUACUUUGUGGAGUGGCAGAAGUGGAAUUUCCGUGUUGGAUUCACUCCCAGGGAGGGGCUAGUAAUAUAUUCAAUUGCAUAUGAUGAUGGUAGUAGGGGGCGAAGGCCUGUAGCCCAUAGGUUGAGUUUUGUGGAAAUGGUGGUGCCAUAUGGAGAUCCCAAUGAUCCACAUUACAGAAAAAAUGCUUUUGACGCUGGGGAAGAUGGCCUUGGUAAAAACGCGCAUUCUCUAAAGAAGGGGUGUGACUGUUUGGGCUAUAUCAAAUACUUUGAUGCCCAUUUUACAAACUUUACUGGAGGUGUUGAAACAAUUGAGAAUUGUGUAUGUUUGCACGAAGAGGACCAUGGAAUGUUGUGGAAGCACCAGGACUGGAGAACAGGCUUAGCAGAAGUGCGCAGGUCGAGAAGGCUGACAGUGUCUUUUAUAUGUACUGUUGCUAAUUAUGAAUACGGAUUCUUCUGGCACUUUUAUCAGGAUGGAAAGAUUGAAGCUGAAGUUAAACUCACUGGAAUACUCAGCUUAGGAGCACUACAGCCUGGAGAAGUUCGAAAAUAUGGUACUGUUAUUGCACCAGGGUUAUAUGCACCAGUUCAUCAGCACUUUUUUGUUGCUCGUAUGGAUAUGGCUGUUGAUUGCAAACCUGGGGAAGCAUACAAUCAGGUAGUGGAGCUAGAUGUUAAAGUUGAAAAACCUGGAGAGAAUAAUGUCCACAGCAAUGCAUUUUAUGCUGAAGAGAGACUUCUUAGAACUGAAUUGGAGGCAAUGCGAGACUGUAAUCCCUUAUCUGCCCGGCAUUGGAUUGUAAGAAAUACACGAACUGUUAACAGGACCGGACAGUUAACAGGCUACAAGCUUGUACCUGGUUCAAAUUGCCUGCCAUUAGCUGGUCCUGAGGCCAAGUUUUUGAGAAGAGCUGCCUUCUUGAAACAUAAUCUUUGGGUUACACCAUAUUCACGUGAUGAGAUGUAUCCUGGAGGAGAAUUUCCCAACCAAAACCCACGGGUGGGUGAAGGAUUGGCUACAUGGGUUAAGAAGAAUCGAUCUCUUGAAGAAACUGAUAUUGUCCUUUGGUAUGUAUUUGGGAUAACUCACAUUCCUCGGUUAGAAGACUGGCCUGUCAUGCCAGUGGAGCACCUUGGCUUUGUUCUCAUGCCUCAUGGAUUCUUCAACUGCUGUCCUGCAGUGGAUGUUCCUCCUAGUGCCUGUGAAUCGGAAGUCAAAGAAGAUGAUGUCAAAGACAAUGGGGUAGCCAAACCAAUUCAGAAUGGGUUGAUGGCAAAGCUUUGAAGAGAUGCUCUGUUGGUCUUUUAAAUUUCAAUCAAAGAAGGAGAAGUUCUUGGGACGAAUCCGCUACUUGUCUUUUCAACAUCAAGCUUCUAAGAACGCAGAUUCUUGUUGAUGAUGCUCAAGCUUAUAAAAAUGGAACUGUUGUCCUUUUUGUUCCAAAAACCAAGAGUGUACUUUUCUUGUAUUAGAAGAGAAUAUAUUGAAGGAAAUGUUUAAAGAACAAUGCUGCUAUGUUCUUGCACGGUUUGCUCUCUUUUUUAAGCUACUAUCUUCCUCCCACUUGGGAUUUAGGAAGAUCAUGUACAAGGAUGAGAAAGCAAAAGUUUUUCCUGUGUUUAAUUACCUUCUAGAUGCGCGCUUAAACAAGAAGUCAGUGAUGCUGGAAGUGUUAUGAAGAUACUCGGAUGCAUUUGAGAAGUUCUUGCCUUUGCUUCCACACUUUCGAUCCAGCUCAUGUACAAGUCGUUGAAGUUGAUUUGGGAACUAGAGAAUAUGUUGAUGAUAUCUCUCUUGCGAGAAGUAGAAGGUUUUUGGCGAGUUGCUUUGCUCAUGUGUUGUUUAGAUCCUUUCACUCUAGAAUAUCGAAGAGCGUUGUUUAGAUCCUUUCCGAUACUUGAUGAUCUAGGCCGGUCUUGACAGAUUCUGGGAUGUCAAGCCAUUACUUGAUUGAAAGGAUGAUAAACUUUUGCAGCUUAAAUCUUGUCAGUAAAUGGCAAAGGAAUGUUCUUGCAUGGCAGCUAGCUCAUCUUUUGGGGACUGCAGAAGAAUGCAUAGUGGAAACUCCUUCAACUUACAGUUAGAAAUUUUAGUAUUGAGUAUUGAG